AUGGAUCCCGACAGAGAAUCGCAAUCGCCUCGCAAGGAAACCGACCAGGCAGCUCAAGAUGCCGACGAUCUCGCCGGCCUGGGCCACUCCCAAGAACUCACUCGCAAGUUCAGCUCCUGGAGCAUGUUCUUCCUCGCCUUCACAGUCCUCGGAACAUGGAGUACCUUUGCUCAAGGGCUCAACAGUGGUCUGACGAGUGGCGGGCCUGUGACCAUUCUAUGGGGGCUCAUCCUCGUCACAUUUUGCAAUAUUUGUGUCGCCGUCUCUCUGGGCGAGCUAUGUAGUAGCAUGCCGACCGCUCUCGGUCAGGCCUACUAUGUCUCGCGCCUGUGGCCAGGUGGCUGGGGCCGGUUCAUGUCCUACAUGUGUGCUUGGAUCAAUACGUUUGGCUGGUGGACGCUGUCUGCCUCUCAGCUCACUUUCAUGACCAACUUCAUCUUGAGCAUGAAGGUCUUGUAUACUCCAGACUGGCCCGAGGCCAGCGUCGGCUGGAUCAACUUCCUGCUCUACCUUGGUCUCACGGCCCUCGUCACUCUCGUCAACGUUGUUGCCUGCCGUCGCGACGCAGUGCUCCCCUUUAUCAAUAACUUUGUAGGAGUAUGGUUUGUCGUUCUCUUCUUUGUCUUUUGCCUGGGCCUCCUCAUCUCGGUAGGCGUCAGGGAAGGCCUCACAUAUCAACCUGCUUCGUUUGUAUUUGGCACUUGGCUCAACCAGACCGAGUGGAAUGACGGGGUCACCUGGUUCUUGGGCCUGGUCCAGGCGGCAUAUGGCCUGACUGCAUUCGACGCAGCAGUUCACAUGGCCGAGGAGAUUCCCGCCCCCAGAAAGAACGUGCCUCGUGUCCUAUGGCUCUCCGUGACUGCAGGCGCCAUCUCUGGCUUCAUCUUCAUGGUUGUCUGUCUGUUCUGUAUCCAAGACCUCGAUGGUGUCCUGGAGCCUUCGACCGGACUCCCCUUUAUGGAUUUGCUGGACCAGGCCAUGGGACUUAGCGGCGCAACAGUCUUGCUUUCGCUCUUCAUCUUCAAUGGGCUGGGCCAGGCUGCCAACAUCAUCACCACCGGCUCUCGUCUGACAUGGGGCUUUGCACGGGAUGGGGGUUUCUUGUGGAGUGAUUAUUUUGGCCAUGUCGACCACUACUGGAAAGCCCCCGUGCGCUCCCUGUGGCUCCAGGGCGCCAUCAUCGGAUUGGUCGGCGUCCUCUACACAUUCGCCAAUACGGUGCUGGAGGCCGUCCUUAGCGUGUCUACCAUUGCCUUGACGGUGUCCUAUGGAAUGCCCAUCCUGGCGCUGUUGGUUGUUGGUCGGGACAAGCUGCCCCCUGGCGGAGAGUUCUCUCUGGGGCGGCUUGGGCCGGUAGCCAACUGGAUCUCGGUCAUCUACUGCGUUGUCACUACGGUGUUCUUCUUUUUCCCUUCGGCGAUGAACCCAUCACCUGCCGAUAUGAACUAUGCCAUUGCGGUUUUUGGCGUCAUGUUGGUUGUCUCGGUAGCCCUCUGGUUCAUCCGGGGAAAUCGCACAUAUCUACGGACGGCGGGGGCAGAGGAGCGAGCUGUGCACGCGAGGGAGUUGGAGAUGUCGCACCUCCAGGGGGUGGCGAGCGGGGAAGGUGAAAAGCCACAGGAGCUUGAGACCAAGCUGGAGAAGGAUCACCUGAAGGAGUGA